AUGACGAACCUCACCCUCCACGCGACCGACCGCCGGCUGAUGCCCGCGACGCAACAGGAGGCCGACGAGAUCGAGACCUUGAACGCGAUGAUGGGCGGCACGCUCGACCCAGCGCAGGCCCUCGCGCUCCUCCGCAAACACGGGGGCAACCUCGAGAAGGCCGCGUCCGCGCUGCUCGAGGGCGACACUGGCGCGGACGCGGACAACAUGGCGGACGCGUUUGCGGAUCUGCCUGGGCUCGAGCCGCUGGAUGGGCCGGAGGUGGGCCCGCGGACGCCGCCGCCGUCGAGGCCGGAGAAGAUCAUCGACCUCUCGCGCGACGACGACGAUCUGACGCGCGCGCUCGCUGCGUCGUUGGAGGACAGCAAAGGCAUCCAGCCCUCGAUGGAGUGGUCGACGACGGGGACGACGUUCGGGCCGAGCAAUAGGGCCCCGGAUCCCAACUGGGCUGUGGUCCCUUCCAAUGUCGCGGUCGGGCAGCCGCAGGGAGGGAUGUCGCAAGACGACCAAGCGAUGAGCCGCGCGAUCGAGGCGAGCCUGUCAUACAAUAUCAGCGAGGACACCUAUUUCGAGCCGCCGCUUGAGGAGCGCGUGCGCGAGGGCGAUACACCGGUUGCCUUGCGGCCGACACUAUCGGCCGUAGCAUAUGCUGCCUUGUUGAUCCACGGACUAGAUGGCCCUCCGACGGGACCAGCCGCCCAAGUGUACACGCUGUUCGAGAUCUUCUGCAACAUGGACCUCGCUCGUCUGAAAGACCUGAAUGUGGACGACGCCUUGAACGCCUUCACCACGGAACCGUGGAGCACGCCCGCGGAACGACCUGUGGACGUCUCUGGACGGUUAUACGGGAAGGUCAUGUAUGCUGUGGAACAGGUGCUGCAGUACAACAACGCGCACAACCCCACUCGCCAGCAUCGAAGGCUGGUCUCCCUGCAGCACGGCUACCACGACGCGCCUGAGGACGACCCGAACACGGACAACCUCUCUUGCGUGCGCGUGAUGGUCGGCGGCACGCCCCACACGAACGACCUCGUCUCCUCACUCGCCACCGAACUCGCACCGCCCGGCUCCUCGCGCCCGCGCCAGGUCAUCUACGCGCCCGCGGACGUGCUCGCCUUCCAGCUGCACCGGGACGCUGCACCGCCCACGUACGACGCCGCGAUCGGCCGCCGGACGGAGCGCGAGCCGUUCCGGUACCCGAAGAGCGUGUACCUGGACCAGUUCAUGCGCGAGUCGUACGCGCUCGCGAACGAGAAGCGCGAGGAGCAGAAAAGGCUGCUGGAAGAGGUGAAGGCGUUGGAGGAACGGAAGAAGAAUCUGUUGCGGUUCAACGACAAAGACACGCUCGCGGAUCUGGAGUCGGCGCUGUACUACUACCAGAACGUCAAAGCCGAGGCCAAAGAGCUUGAUAUCAACAUCGACCGCGCCCGGAAAGAGGCUCUGAGCCAGCUCGACUGUCCUGAGCUCCAACACACCGCUACGACCUCCGCGUUGUCCUCGUGCACGACGGCUGUACGGCCGGAGUCACCUCUACUCGUUCCGGAAGAGACCGUGCUCACCGACCCCACCGGCCUGCACCUCAGCGCGGGCCCGUACUUCCUGCUCUACAGCCGCGCGCUGCCCGCCGCAGAGGAGGACGCACGCACCGACUGGGCUCAGCACAUGAAGGACAACGUGAAGCACAACAACAUGACGUUCUUCCGCCAGCUCCCGCCGGACGUCGCCGCCCGCGUCGUGGACCCGAACUCACCGCCCGCGUCGCCGUUCGUCGUGCCCGCGUCGGUGCGGCCUUCCAGGGCGGGCUCGGACCGCGCGCUGUCGUCGGACGCGGAGGGCCCGCCGGGCUCCGAGGUGAUGGAGAUCGAGGAUUGA